UAAUCAAGGCCGCGCCUCAGCUACUCCGUCCAGUACGAAGGCUAGUCGGGCCGCUAUAAAUUCUUCUUAUCACACGAAACCAAAUCAAUUUUACACUGAAAAACUUCAAUCCAAUCCAAUUCAGAGUUGCCCGCAGACAGCCGAGGUCGAUCUUGGAUAGGACGAUUCCCUGAUAGUUUAUCAGCGAUGAAACGUCUGUUGUUUUUCCUUUUCUUGUACUCUGCCCUUGUUUGCGGUCAAGUCAGAGCGGCAUAAAGUUUAAUUAUGUAUGCUUAUAUAUACUAGUAAUCUAGUAUAAAGUGGUAUCCUGGGUUUAAGCGUAGACAAUCUAAAAGAGGAUUGUCUAUGGUUUAAGCUAGGCGCACACGACGCGAUUUUCGUCUAAAUCCUUGCGUGUGUGAUGUCAUUUUUAAGCGAUUUCAGUCGACAGACUGCAAUCGGAAAACAUCAAAACAGUUUGAUAUUUGCCAAUUAAAAUCGGUCGACUAAAAUCCUACGACAAAAAUCUCGUCUUGUAGCGAGGAUCGGUUUUGUUGAAUGUACGUUAAAACGAUGUUUUUUGGUAUAACCUUGAAGGGAAUUUAAUUUCUCGAAAUCGGGUGAAUUUGGCAAACAUUUGCGCAUGUCAUAGUAAAUUCUACGAAAAACCGCCUUUAUUCGCGCAUAUUCAACACAGGUGGUGUCAAGACGCGUCGUAUUUCAUCGCUUGUAAACAAUCGUCUUUAGACGGUUUAAGAAGCGAUGGAUCGUAUAUUAUUUUAUGGCGUUUUGGCGCUUAUAUUCCUUGCUAAAGAAUCACAUCACACACACUAUCCGACAAUCUUUUGGACUCCAACGAACUGCAAGUUCAAGCUAAACAAAUUUCCUGCAAAAGGUUAUUCAAUAAAUGUUAAAUACAUGAGCAACAUUAUAUUCAUGUGCCCUCAUAUUUCUAUCUGGGGAGAUGUGAGCAAUAUGAUGCCAGACAGAAGAAUGAUGCAUGAGAAUGUGUUGCUAGUGGAUAAGGAUAGUUAUGACACUUGCACUAUAAAGAAAGGAGCGAAGGUCAAAAAACUUUUAAUUUGUGAUGAAGACCCAAUGAGCAAAGAAGUAAAAUAUUCCUUGGAGACAAUUGCGAAAAAUCAGGCUGAUCCAGAAAAACAAUGUUAUGAAGAGGGACAGAAUUACUACUUCAUAUCCACUGCAAGUGGGUCAAUGGAAAGUUUAAACAAUACAGAAGGUGGCCAUUGUAAAACUCACCAUAUGAAACUACAUAUACAUGUUUGCAAUAACACUGAACCAUGCGAGUUUGUGAUGCCUGAGUGCCCAAGGAAUAAACCAGAAGGACAAGGGAACAAUAUAACCUCCACCAAAUCACCCAAGUGUAACAAUGAUACUGUGUCAUCACUUCGCCAGACUGGUGUGAAAGGAUGGUUCUCAGAUAACCGUCAUAAUGUUAUCUAUGCUGUGUUGGGAUUGUUUAUAUUAUUCCUUAUUGUUAUCAUAAUCUGGCUUGUUUAUUCUAAAAGGAGUUCUAAAGAUAUGCAAAAGAAUUCAGUUACUGAUGAAAGGGAAAGAAUUUGCAUCUAAAAAUUUAAUUUCUACAAUGUUUUGUAUACAAGUGUGCAAGCCAGGGGCAUAAAGCAGACUCAAAUAAUUGAGGGUCCUGGGUCCAACAGUCAGCACUUACAGAAUUGGUCUGAGUGAAAUGUGGGGAUCCAGAUUUUCCCUCUCCCCCUCUUGGCUAUGCUGCUGGAAUGAGCUGCAUUAGCUAGGUCACAUGGAUAAGGUUGUGGUUAGAACUAAGGUUAUAGUUUUGGUAACGAUCUAAACUUUAAGAUGCUAUGUAACGAGGAUGUAAAUAUAGAAAUCCUCUAAAAGUGGCAGAUCCAUAAAGUGUGUCUGGAUUGUGUCUUGGCCUGCAUUACAGAUGGUAGAGAGAAUACUGGAUGCAAAGUAGCUAGCUUCUGUACCAAACAUGAAUACCACCUGUAAUGCAGGCUAACACAUAACCUUGUGUGGUCAGAUGAAUGUCUAUGAGUAUUUUAAGCUUUUAUUUACUGUAAUUAAAUAAUUUGAGCUAUAUUACUGUAAUAUACUAUGAUAUAGUUUUGGUAAAUUUCACAUGGUUGAAGUCUUGAAGAUCAGAUACUUUUUGAAAGAAAGUUACACAGAUCAUUGUAAAACAAUCCAUGUUUUAAAAAUAUUUUA